AUGGCCUUGUUCCGCUCGCUUCGCUUGAGCAACCGUUACAUCAGCCGGCACGUGCUCCUCCUGCUGCGCUUCUACCUGGCGCAGUUCUAUUACCUGGGACUGAUGCGACUGCGCUACGAACGGUCCCGGAACGAGAUGCGUUUGACCUGCUGGAGCGUCACCGUGUCCAGGAUGCUUGGCCUGUGGUGCGCCUUCUUCUUCACCCUGGCCCUGCUGGACCCCUACCCCCUGAUGCUGCACAUCCAGCUGAUGGGGUUCAUCUGCUGCCUGCUACUCCAGCCGAGGAGGGUCAUCGAGGAGCGGACGAGGCUGAUGAAUCAAAUCCUGCGACUUGCACCGCAACUCUACCGACAUUGCCGCAUGAAGGUGCACUUGUCCUGGUCCCUGGUCCUCCAGCUGCUGAUCAAGUUGCUGACCUUCCGGAUGUUCUACGAGAAUCUUCUGGGGCCCAGGGACACCAGCUGGAAGCUGCUCUUCAUUGUGUUCUUCGUGGUGCCCGUGUCACUGGCCAUUUGGGUAAUGGAUGUCACCUCGCAUCUGAUUGGCAUUGUGCUCGCCCUCCUGCUCAAAUCCUUCGAGCUAAUGAACAUCGAAAUGGCAGCCAUCGAUGAAAAGUUGUGUCUGGAGAUCCUACGGUCGGAUUUUGGAGCUAUACGGAGGCUGCAGAGACGCCAGAUCUUUCUGCAGCGGCUGCAACGAUCCUAUGUCCAGGUGACCCAGGAAACCAUCGACUGUCUGAGUCCCCAGUUGGUUUUGAUCCUCCUCUACAACCUGAGCACCAUAUACACCUUUUCGAGUGGAGAGUGGCGAAGGAUCCUCCAGAUGGGGGUGAUCGUCAACAAUCUAAGGUCGCUCUUGCACACCCUCGAUGAUCUGGUGGCCAUUACCAAAGCUCCGCAGAACACCUCCUGGCUGCACUUGGCGCGGCUACUUCAGUUCGAGGAGGUCCUGGCCACCCAUGGAUGGUUGGAACGUAAGGGAUUCAGAUGCAGGAUCCAGGAUACCGACAGUUUUGGCCAGGGCAUCAGGCGCUGUUGCCUCCAACGAAGUCCACUGGUCCUUGGCUUGGUUUCGCCCAACAGAAGACUCCUGUUCCGCAUCGCCUUCGCCUUCUGCACGCUUUUGCACCUUCACUACAUGCUGAUGAAGUCGGCCUUGGUGGUCGAGAAGGAAAUCUUUAUCAGUAGCGAAGUCAGCCUACGACCUAAGCAUUAG